UUUCUACAGAGAUGUACACAUUGACCAAAUACAGUGAGUACUUUAUACUGACGACUAUGGCAGUGACCACCUCUGGUCUUUACAACGCUGCCCGGUUCAAACCUGCGGUACAGAGCAGCGAUGGUGUGCCCUUUUACGCCUACUUGGGAGUGGACGGCAACUAUGACGCUAAUGCGUUCCACGGACAUUGUCAACACACGUUCGCGGACUGGAACCCUUGGUGGAUGGUGGACCUACGUGGUCAGUUUGUAAUAGAAGUAAUACAACUCACAAACAGGCAAGAUAUUUACCUGGGUCAACAAAUGGCUUAUCGUUUGAGAAACUUUUACAUUGAAAUUUUCAAAACAGAUCCGAGACAAGUUGCCAACUUUCCUAACGUUACUGGCCAAGUCUGCUACCAACAAUCUGACCCCCUGGGCCCAGACACUUUCAACUUUACUUGUCCUGAGCCGAUUGUUGGCAGAUUUGUGCGUCUUAUUGUCAGAAAUAAUAUCAGUGAAGUCUUACAUAUUUGUGAGAUGGAGGUACUAGUCAGUAGCUCCAGCUUUGAGGAGAUGUUAUUCAACAAAUUAAAGAACACUCAACUGACAGGCACACCUUUUGAUAGGACGACAGUUGCUGACCGAUUCCGUUGUCUACAGAGAUGUCAGCUCCGUAGAUCAACUGACUUCUGCACGGCCUUGAACUGGGUCACGGCCACAGGGUCGUGUGAACUUUUCAGUGUCAACCCUUACCUGGACAUAGCUUCUAACCUAGCUUCGGUUGUUGGAACACAGUUUUAUAUUCAGAGUAAAUAA